CAUUUUUGGAACGACCUGCAAAAACAUGGCAACCUCCCUCGAAAAUGGACUUGUGCUUGGCCUUCUCGGCACGGGAAAGAUCGGAAGCGCCGUCAUGUCUGGGUAUUGCACUCCUGUGGCAGACAAAUCGACGUGGGUGCCCAGGCACAUCUACGUGAGUCCUCGCGGAGCAGACAAGGCCAAAGCGCUCCAUGCCAGGUUUCCCAACCAUGUCACCAUCGCGCCGACGAAUCAAGCGGUGAUCGACCACUCCAACAUCAUUUUCAUUGGUCUCCUUCCCGAUGUUGCCCGACAGGAACUGCCCUUGCUCAACUUUCCUCAAAACGUCACGAUUGUAUCGAUGAUGGCAACGAUUCCAUACCAAGAGCUGUUGGACCUUCUUCGCUUGCCUCGUUCUCAAGUGGUGCGCACCAUUCCGCUACCAAGCUCCUCGCGCCGGACUGGUCCUAUUUUGGCCUAUCCGCCGCACCCUUUUGUUCGCGAGUUGCUGCAACAAAUCGGGACUCCAGUCAUGGUGAACGAAGAGAAGGAAGUCACGACUUUGGUGGGUCCAAACUAUUUCGUCGACUCGGCUCAUGUAGUCGGCGUUGUAGACUGGCAUGACGGCGAUGAUCAGUUUCUUCUACGCCACCUGCGGCACGCUGCAAAAAUGGUGUGUCCAGAACGGCGUCGAGGAGCAAGCGUCGCGCGACUACGUGUCUUCUUUUUUUCAAUCGCUCGCGGAUGCCGGCAUGAUUUCGCAUGAACCUUUCCAAGACAUGGCGGAAGAAGCGGCAACGCCGGGUGGUCUCAAUGAACAAACCCACCGCGGCCUCGUAGCGUCGGGCGCGUACGAGUUGUUGCUGGACGAAGUGGAUGCCAUCUACACGCGCUUGACCACGCGCGCUCCGGCCCCGCGCGGCGGCAAUUAAUUCGUCGGCGGUCUGUCUUCUUGGCGUCAAAUUCCGAAAUGGCGCGAGAACGAAAUAAGUUGCGCGCGUAAAAACCACGUUGCUAUGAAGUCGCGGGGAACAUACAUAUCCGAACGUUUGAUUUCGCUAGAGGGCCGCGUAAUUAUAUUAAAUGUCUGAUCGAAUGUACUGGGACUUUGUAUACCA